AUGCCCGGCGCGGUGGAUGUCCUGGCCGCGGUGUUCACGGCGUCCGCCAACGCCAAGUUGUCGGAAGGAACAACCUUCGUCGUCGGCGACGAGGCGCUCGAGGUCAUCUCGUCGCUGCAGGUCCCGGAGCAGUGCCUGCGCCGCGUUGCCGAGACGAACGAGGCGCUGGUCUCCGCGCUGCAGCGGUCUAGCUUCGCGUCCUAG